AUGGAACCUGCCACUGAGGAGACCACCACAUCCAUCUCAACAACGACAUUGCCUGAGGAGACUGAAUCUUUGACGCAGCUUGGAAGCACGACUACUACCGAAGACACUACUGCCACUGAAACCACGACUGCUUCUGGAGACACUACAGUUACUGAAGAAACCACAACUACUGCCGAGGAAACUACAACUACACCCUGCAACAGCGAGGUGGCUGUGACGACAGCAGCUCUGCUGAACCCAACACCGGUUUUUGACGAUUCUGAUGAUCACGACGACGACAUUGCCGCCGUUGUCUUACCAUUCAAUGUCGCAUACAGUGACCAGAGUACCGUCUACGUCAGUACGAAUGGUUUCAUAGGUGUGGGUUCCGACUUAGAUUCCAAUCCCGGCGAAAAUAGUUGGCUUCCGACCGAAAACAUUGCCCCAAUAGCUGUAUGCCCUUACUGGAGCGACCUAUCAUUGACACGGCGAAACGGUGAUACCAUUGUCUAUGAGGUCUUUGACGGCCAGCACGGCAUGCAGGCAACCUUUGAGUGGAUUGUCACCUCGUCCAACGGUAUAAGGGUGCAUUUUUCUACCACGUUUUAUAAAGACUUUCCACAAAUAUCCAGGUUCUCAUACUACUCUAUAGAUGGCACGGGUAGAAUUGCAACAACAGGGGCGCAGAAUAAUGACAGGGAUGAAUACUUUGAGCUUUAUGGUACCGAGUGUGGAAAGGGAGAUCCUCCUGAUGGAGCAGCCGCAUUUAGCCAAGGAACUUAA